AGCUCACUCACCAAAGACCGAAAGGUUUCCCAUUAUUUGUUCUCAACAAAAAAAAGAAAUAAAUAAAUAAAUAAAUAAUGGGCCCUUCUUCUUCAUCUUCUUCUUCUUCUCUUAUUGGGUCAUAUGCAGCGUUCUUCUUUAUUGUGAUGCUCUUCAUCGGCGGCUCUUCUUCUGAUAAAAUGGUGGGGGCGGAGGCGCCGUCGGGAUGCGAUCCGGGAGGGACACAUGGGGCAUGCACUAACGACGGCGAGCGGGGAUUGUGCGACGCGCUAUGCAGGGCCCUACCGGAAGGUCAUUUUAAGGGCGGCCAGUGCUCCCCCGACAGCCUUUGCGUCUGUAUUUGCUUAUCUUAAUUAUCUGUUAAUAAUUCCUACGACUGUACCUUAAUUGACCCAUGAUUGAGAUUGUUGAUGUAUGUGAACAUGUAUAUUUGUUUUGAUGGAGUGGUAAUUAUUGUUGUAAAUUUGUUAAUUAUGUAUUCGAACAUUGUAAUUUUUUUUUAGUAAUAAAAAUUAUUUACAAAAAAAAUAUGAGAUUUUA